UGUGUGGUAAAAAUCAUUUUAAUAUUUCGAUAGCGUUUACCAACGUUCAAAACAUGAGGAGGAUUCGCUCAAAAAUGGACGAAAACCUCAAAGCACUUUGCGUAUUUGGUAUUCUCUUAUUUUCAGAGCCUUCGUCUUCUUCGAAGAAGACCGUUAAGUAGUUAAUAUGUUGAGCAUGAUUAUUAUAUCUCAUAAUUUGAAACGCGAUGUUUACAAUCUCGCCAAGUAAACGUCAAUAACGAAGUAUUACGUAACAACUCAGUAAUAUCCUCGAUCAGAAGCAGAUCUCUCGCAUCAAACGAUACAGGUUGAAUCUCCGUCAGAUGUCCGUAUCCGUUUAAUAAUAAACUAUAGCGAGCGAAACUUUCCCAGUGGCCAAUUCGCGGCUGAGAUUGCCGACGUGAUGUGAUGAUGUGGUGAAGUCAGGAGAAUUCUCCUCAGAGUUCACGCCGCGUUUUCAGACGCUCUCUUGUGCGAGGCAUCUCUUUCGUAUUCGAAGUCCGUCAGAGAACAGUCAGAGCCUAAACAUUCCGUCCGGACAUUAAGGAGCAAAUAUUCUGCGCUCGACGUCAUAAUGUUGCGACUACCAACGGUGCUGGACGGCGACUUCAUCAGCCAGACAGCCGCUAACAUGGGCAAAACCUCCAUCGAUGAUCUACCCAGCAUUCUGGCGACCGUCACCAACGAAUCCACAAUGUUCGACACGCACUUGGCAUUCUUGCGUGCCGGUGCCAACAUGAUCAGGACGAACACAUAUCGGACGUCCGUGUACAACCUGAAUCACUUCCUCGGCAUCAAUGUAAACAACAGUGCGUCCGUCAUCACCAAGGCCGCGAUGGCGGCCCGGAAGGCUGUGCUUACUCAUCAUUCCGAAACUAGCAAUGAUCCUACGAACCAAGAGGUCUUCCACAAAACUCGACCCUGGAUAGUGGGCUCCUGCGGACCCUAUGGCGCUUCAUUGGGCGACGGCACAGAGUACACCGGUGCCUACGCGAAACACUUGUCGUUAGAAGACUUGAUAGACUGGCAUGAGCCGCGGGUGAGGGCGCUGUUGGACGCCGGCGUCGACAUGCUGUCUCUGGGCUCGGUGCCGUGUGCGAAGGAGGCCGCGGCGUUCGUCGAGCUGAUGCGGAACUUUCCGUCUACCCGAGUCUGGAUCUCGUUCUACUGUUAUAACGACCGUAUCCUGGCGGACGGCAGUAAUUUCCGGAAGAUAGUCAAACACUGCUAUAACAGGCUGGGUGACCAGAUGAUCGCGAUCGGCGUCAGCUGCGUCGAGUCCAGCUUGGUGAAGCCCUUGUUCAACAUUAUCAACCGCGAGAUAUUUCCGCGCAAAAUUCCUCUGCUGGUGUGUCCCGACAAAACUACUUACAGAUUCAAAGAGGACUUCACCAUGGAGACGACGGGCACGACGAGAAGCUUCUUCGAACUGCCCAUAUCGGAUUGGCUGAACGACGGAGCGGGCAUCAUCGGCGGCUGCUGCGGCACACUCACUGACGACAUCAAGUACAUUCGCUCGGAAGUGGACAAGUACCAGGACAACGUGACAAUAAAGCAGUGUCCUGUCAACAAGAAUUGCUCCUUCAAUCCUAGCGUGGACAAAGCGAAAUUAUGAGCUCGAUAUUUUGUGAUACCUACCUCCGCAUCUCUUCGUUAUUAAUGUUGAUUAAUUAAGUCAAUGAUGAUUUAUACGAUCGCAGAUAAGCGCGCCCGUUCUUGUAGCUAGCUGAACGUUCAACGAGGAUGUUGAUGCAACAUA